UAAGCAAACAUCUUUAUAUCUGCAAAUGAUUUACACUGUGCUAUGAAAAUAUUGCAAUUAAUAAUUCAUUGCAAUAAUAAGAGAGUGCAUUUGCUAUUCACAUGCACAUAUGAAGACACAUUCAAGAACAUGCAAUACAAAGGAAUCCCACUACUACAUUUAUAAUUUGCACGUUUAACUGCUGGUGGAAUUAAUUUACUUUAAAAAAUAUCAAUGUCAUGCAAUCACUUAAAUCACUUACUUCAGAAACAGGAUUUGCAGCUAAGUUCCAAAAAUUCAACCAUGCCAAUUACUGGCCAAACAUAUGCAAUUCAAUGAGGAGCUAUCAGUAAUAAAUUAACCAGAUGAACAUGUACGUAACAGUCUCGGCGUGGUACGGUGCUGCUGUUAGUUUCAAAGUUCACAUAUGAACUUCUUUUUACACUGCACAUGUGGUUUAUGAAUGAAGCCUGAAUGAAAGAAGAAAUUAAGGGGAAAUAAGUGACAGGUUUGUGGAUAAAAGCGCAGACAAUGGCAGACAGUAAUGAGAUGACCAUCAACCUUGUUGUCCUUGGAAAAACUCAGACUGGCAAAAGUGCUGCUGGGAACAGCCUGCUGGGCAGUGCAGACUUUGAGAGCCGUCUCUGCCCCAGCUCUGUGACUAUGUGCUGCAGCCUGGGACGCAGCGGCCGCAUUUUGGGGCUCAUCCGGAGAAACGGCCGCGAGUCAGCUCUCUGUGUUCGAGUACUGGACACUCCCAGCUACCCUCACAGUGCUCUGAGCAAAGAGCAGGUGAGAGACAUGGUGAGAGCAGCCCUGGCUCAGCACUUUGGGGAGGAAGGCCUGCACUUGGCCCUCUUGGUCCUGAGGGCUGACCUGCCCGUGUGUCCAGAUGAAAGCGAUGACACAGUUCAGCUCAUCCAGGAACUUCUGGGUCCCACAUGGAAGGAUUUCACUGCAGUCCUACUUACUCAUGCAGACAAGGCAGAAGAGGCUGGAUACAGUGAGGAAACAUAUUUGCACAGCGCCUCAAGUACCCUGUUGUCACUUUUGAGCUCAGUACAGCAUAAAUACAUCUUCUUAGACAACCACAGCAGCAUAAUUAAAGAGGAAAGAAAUAUUGUCCUAAGAAAGCUCUUGAAUUUUAUACGAAGAAAUAAUUAUCAAAUACUUAAACACAGCAAGGAAUAAAAUUAGCUUUAAAGGUGCUCACUUGUCUAUUUUCUACAGUAGGUAACAUCUAAUAGAACUGUUACCUAC